AUGGACACAGAAAAACAUGAUGACUACGAUGGGCUUGAUACCAUCCGUAUUCCUGGUAGUUCUGUAUGGAGACCUGAUAUAGUCCUAUAUAACAGUUUUUUUGGGGAAAUGUACGGCCAGAUCAUGCGGGACGCACCAGCCAUCACCAAAAGCUCCUGCAAGGCGGACGUUUCCUUCUUCCCCUUUGACUAUGGGUCAUGGACCUACAACGGCAACCAGCUGGAUAUUCUGAACGCCAUGGAGAGCGCAGAUCUCGCAGACCUUGUCGACAUUGUGGAGUGGGAAGUGCUGGGAAUGCCGGCCAAGAGGAACAUCGUUCUGUACGGCUGCUGCGCAGACCCGUAUCCAGACAUCACUUACACGCUGAAACUAAAGAGACGCGCUCCGUUUUACGUAUUUAACUUGCUCAUACCUUGCGUUACGAUAUCGCUCUUAGCCCAGCUGGGCUUUUAUCUACCCGCAGACUCUGGGGAGAAGGUGAACGAAAAGUUCAUCCUGUAGUAUCUGGCCAUGAUUUGCUUCAUCUACGAAGUCGAAAACUACAUGACCGCACAACAAGAGACAUCAGAUCCUCAACCUCCAAAGCCUACCGACUCGAGUCACAUGAACGGCUGUGCUGGAAAAGAUGAUGUUGUUUUCAAAUUUGACCGAAGACAAGAUGCCACAUCUCCAAGGUUUCCAGAAGACCAAUCUCAGAUCAUGAGCCCAUGCUCGCUGGGAAAACAGCCCACCUGUCGGUACGGUCCAGGGACUGGAGGCGAUGGAGAUCGUGAUGAUGGGUCCAAACGUCCAUGCCUGUGUGAACAACAGGUUCUCAUGAGGAAUAUUGAGUAUGUGGCAAACUGUUAUCACGAUCAGAGAGUUACAGCGAAACGAACAGGAGAAAGGAAGAAAGUGAAGAAGCUUUUGGACCGAUUCUUCAUGUGGCUGUUCUUCAUUAUGGUUUUCUUCAUGAGUUUACUUAUAAUGGGGAAAGCUAUAUGA